UGGACACUGUAGGGGAGGUACUCAGGGAUAAGAAUGUAGCGUGAGAGGGAUGGUGGUAAAAUGACAACAAUAUCAAAACAGAACUCACUUAGCGACAACUUCCAAGAUGGCAAACCACAAGGUUCCGAGGUUUUCGACAUGGACCAGCGAAACUUACAUCGAUCCUAUAAAUAUGCCGGCAAACAGGUAUUAUACACCGCAUUUUAUGGCAUACCGAGAUAAUCAACGAUACGGCGAAGGCAGAGAAAAAUGGUUUCAAGAUUACCGUCGCUCGCACAUCGCUGAAAAAACCCUGGUCAAGAAUUUAAACACCCUUGGCUCUCCCUACAGACCAACAAGCUUUUCUGAUAAACCAGAUCGUGUGUUAGGCACUCGUUGCUUGCGAAGAGAAGCUGUUUUGAAUAAGCCACGGCAUCACCUCACUAACAGAAUUCCAGAUCGUGAGAGAGACCGUGCUCAAAUUGACGACAUUACAUUUGAACACCGACAGCAAUACAGAGACCAAAGUGGGACUUUGUUUGACCAAAAACUCGAUUAUUUUCACUACCCGACUACAGCGGAGCAGCAGUUUUUGCCUAAAGUAAGUCCUCCAGAGGGGACGAUCGGUGAUUAUCCAAACUGUACGAAAGCUUCCUUGGAAUACACUUAUGAUAAGGAGAGAGGCCCUAAAGACUACGAACUUUGGCAUAAAGUGUAGAGCGACAUUGAAGACGAUAUCUGCAAACAUGGCGACGGAUUGAUGAGACUCCUAAUAUAAACAGAUAUCGUUGGUAAAAGAGAAAAUAUCAAUCUUCGUUUAUGGAAGUGGAAGGUUUUUACCAAAUAUAUAUCUUUUGGUCGAUUCCAGAGAAUAAUAAUAAGCUAAGGUUUCUGUAAGUGUCAGUUCAAUUCGUUCCGAUAUAUAUAGCUUUACUUUUAUAAGUUUACCAAUACAGCAAAGCUUAGUGGAUUGUUAACUUAAAACUAAAGGUUUAACUUUAAAAAAAGGAGGAGCCAACCUAGUAUGCAGGCGUUUCGUGUUAAUCUUGAGUUAAGCCAUCUUGAUUGGUUGGCGUCCUCUGUCCUUAGUGACCGGUUGUCAAGUUGAAUAACUUAGUGAUUAGUCACUGUCAACAGUGUAUGUUAGAAGUGUAAUUAAGAGAUCAACGGAUUAAAAACAUUUCAAGCUCAUUGCAGGACUAGAUAACAAACAUGUAUGUCUUCUAUAUGGUUUUAUUAUUUUCACGGAAAUCUGGGGAGAAAUAGUACAUCUCAUUUUAUAUAACAGAUGUCAGACAAAAUUGAGUUUUCCCCAUGUUGAGAUAAAAAUAAUUACAUUUACCGGUAGUAACUUGUAAAUGAGUUUUUGAGUUUCCUGUUUAAUUUUUUUCAACUUAGUUUUUAUCUGGGGUAAAAAGAUUCCUUUCUUGGAAAAUUACUAGGAGAAAAAAGUGAACUUGACACAAAGCUUUCAAAAGUUGUCUGAAUUCCUCUCCCAAAUAUGUGGAGGUUCAUUUUGAUUACUGGACUGAAUUACAGCCUUGUAAAUAAAAUUUUUACCAUACAGCCGUAAUCAUGUAAUGCUAUUGAAAACAAUAACGUUGACCCAAGGAUGUGAGCCAGUUGGAAGCCAUCCAGCCUAUUACACUUAAGCCCUGGCCAAAUGGACUCGGAAGUAGUUGCAAGUAGCCCCAAGUUGAUCUUAUGUUGAAACUUGCAUUGGGUGGCCAAAUGGACUCGCAAGUAGCCCCAAGUCGAUCUUAUGUGGGAACUUGCAUUGGGUGGCCAAUCAGACUCACAAGUAGUCGUAAGUAGCCUCAAGUUGAUCUUAUGUGUAAACUUGGGUGGAUGCCCAAACAGACUCGCAAGUAGCCCCAAGUUGAUCUUAAGUUAAACUUGGGUUAGGUGCCCAAGCAGACUCACAAGUAGCCCCAAGUUGAUGUUAUGUGGAAACUUGGGUUGGGUGCCCAAAUGGACUUGCAAGUAGCCUGAAGUUGAUCUUACGUAGAAACUUGCAUUGGGUGGCCAAACGGACACGCAAGUAGUCACAAGUAGCCCCAAGUUCAUCUUAUGUGGAAACUUGCAUUGGGUGCCCAAAUGGACUCGCAAGUAGUCCCAAGUAGCUAUAAGUUGAUCUUACAUGGAAACUUACAUUGGGGGGCCAAACGAAGUCACAAGUUUCCUUGCAAGUACACACAAAAACAUUUCAAGGCAGACAUAUCCUGUAUUUCAUUGAUUGAUCAUAGCUGGUGAAUGGACGCCAUUCAACUUGCAUUGACUUGGGUUGGGUGGCCAAACAGUGACAAACUUGCAUUGAAUUGCAUGCAAAUUUGAUCUCAACCAAAGUGAGCACAAGUCAUCGCAAGUACAUGCAAAGGCAGGCCAAACAGAGUCGCAAGUAGAUCCAAGUUUUCAACUUGUGUCUACUUGCAAGUCUAUUUGGUGAGGGCUCAAUGCUCCAUUGUCAUAUAAGCUUGCAUAAUUCACUGAAUAUGUGCAAUUUAGACAAAUAUUCUCUGAGAAAUUUUCACAAGGUGUAACAAAAUCCAGGUCAGGAGAGGUGGCAAUCUGAUGUACUUGUUUUGUUGACUCAAGUUAGUUCUGGACGGACUGCGGAAAUGUUAGGCUGUCUGUCAGGGUGUACAGGCUUUGCUGUGGUUGAUCCCUAUGUCCUGACCUGAAGCCAGAUAUUUUCUUUUGUAGCCCUUCCACUCAGUACUACAUGAAGUAACCUUACAUUAUUGUUUUUGACCUGCUAUAUGUAACCACAUCUUGACUUGUACAGUGACCACCUAUCUGGAUUUCAUCAGUGAUAAAAUCAUUUAAACAAAGCAAAACUAAAAUGGAUUAUUCUCCACCCAAGUCCUUGGUGUUUUUCUUGGAUUUGCAUUGUUUUAACAUUUUUAAUAAAAAAAAUGAACAUGUCUAUUAAUAUGUUGUCAGUCUAAAAUCCCUAACAAGCAAAUGCAUGACUAUUAGUUAAUUUUGAAAAAUUCAAAUUGACUUAAAAUUUAGAUUUGUUCAAAUUAACCAGUAAUUUGGGCAGUUUCAGGUAGUUGACUUCUGGUAAAUCCAAUUUAUGCACUUGUCAGUGUUUUUUCGUCGUCUAACAUUUUGACCUAUGUGAGCCGUGCAUGCAUGGAGAAGUGUGGAAAAUUAGCAAACCUUUGUCUUGCACUACAGUGCAAGUAAAGAAUGACAACGGUGGAAAUGGCAGUGGGAAAGGCCAUUAAAAUCCCAAGUUUUUCAUCAUAUAGUCUUCACUUACACACAAAGAGAAGAGUCGAAUUAGCUAAAAGUGUCAUAACCUGGUAUUUCAAGGCCUGUGUUGGACAUGGCGAGCAUGUGCAAGGGUUAUCCACACUAGUGUUGUAAUGAGUAACAAGGUCUUUGAAUAAAUUAAAAUGAUGAGAACAAACUUUGGGUUAGCAAAAUCUGUAUUUUCAUUAUGAUAGCAAAACAUUCCUCUCCGAAUUUUUUUGAUCCAUGACUCUGGUGAAGCAUAAUUUUUUGCGUAACAAAUAAA